ACGCUUUCGGUCCUCCCUUUUUCUCCAUGAAACCCUCCUGCAUUCCGCCGGUCCGCUCUUCUCUCGUCUCUCACACUAUCUUCUCUUUAUAAUGUAUUAAUUCUGCCGGUUCUCCUUUGUGUGAUCGCCUCGUGUCCCUCGCUGUUCUCAGAUCAGCUGAACAGGGACGGAUCUCUCCAGCUGUGUGUGGCUGCUCCAGUACCGCAGGCAGGGUCGGCCAUGUUGUUGUGUGGGGGUUGAUGCAAGUUUAGUAGUAGGAAGUAGAGGCUACAAAGAGCUGGGACACUUUAGGAUCUCACUUUUUUUUUUGAUGCUGCAGCUGGAUUAAUCUUCUCUGGUGACAAUGACUGUCUCCUCCAUCCUCACAGACUGCAUCGCUGCUUUGAUUUAACUUCAACAUUAAAUCCGACCACAGUCUCUCUGCUGGAUGGAUGAAGGCGGUUCGGUCCCGGUUGGAAUAACUCAGAUUUUGUUUUGUGUCCCGGAUCUGAUUCAGUAGGGGAAGGGGGAACAAGGAGAAAACACAAGAAGAAGAACGCGGAUUUUUGAAGGCAGGGCGAGACAAUGGGCUGCAUUAAGAGCAAAGAAGACAAAGGCCCUACGAUGAAGUAUCGGCCAGAGAAUUCAACCGUGUCGGACCCCAACUCCACAAUAACCACACCUCACAUAGGUCACUACGGACCGGAUCCCACCCAGCUUCAGCAGAACCAACCUCCCACCUCCUCCUCAGGGUCUGGGGCUGCAAACUUCAACCACACCCUUACGCCGUUUGGCGGCUCAUCUGCAAUGACUCCGUUUGGAGGGGCAUCAUCCUCCUUCUCCGGUCCUGUGUCCAACUCGUUCUCUGGAGCUGUCUCAAGUGGUGUUACGUUCUUUGUGGCUUUGUAUGACUAUGAAGCCAGAACAUCUGAUGAUCUUUCAUUUAAAAAAGGAGACCGAUUCCAGAUCAUUAACAAUACAGAAGGAGACUGGUGGGAGGCGCGCUCCAUCAACACAGGAAGGAAUGGCUACAUCCCGAGCAAUUAUGUGGCCCCUGCUGACUCCAUCCAGGCUGAAGAGUGGUAUUUUGGUAAGAUGGGACGAAAAGAUGCUGAGAGGUUGCUGCUGAAUCCAGGAAACCAUCGAGGGACUUUCCUGGUGCGAGAAAGCGAAACUACUAAAGGGGCUUAUUCUCUCUCCAUACGAGACUGGGAUGAAAACAAAGGAGACAAUGUGAAACACUACAAGAUCCGCAAGCUUGACAGUGGGGGAUACUACAUCACUACCCGGGCACAGUUUGACACUUUACAGAAGCUUGUCAAACACUACACAGAGCAUGCUGACGGGCUUUGCCACAGGCUGACCACAGUUUGCCCCACAGUCAAGCCUCAGACUCAGGGGCUUGCUAAAGAUGCCUGGGAGAUCCCCAGGGAAUCCUUGCGACUGGAGCUCAAACUGGGCCAGGGCUGCUUUGGAGAAGUCUGGAUGGGCACGUGGAACGGCACCACUAAGGUGGCCAUAAAGACGCUGAAGCCGGGCACCAUGUCGCCUGAGGCCUUCCUUCAAGAGGCUCAGAUCAUGAAGAAGCUCAGGCACGACAAACUGGUGCCUCUUUAUGCUGUUGUGUCUGAAGAACCCAUUUACAUCGUCACAGAGUACAUGGCCAAAGGAAGCUUGCUCGACUUCAUCAAAGAGGGUGAUGGAAAAUUCCUGAAGCUUCCCUUGUUGGUAGACAUGGCUGCACAGAUCGCUGACGGCAUGGCCUUCAUCGAGAGGAUGAACUACAUCCACAGGGACCUGCGCGCCGCCAACAUUCUCGUGGCCGACAACCUGGUGUGCAAGAUCGCAGACUUUGGCCUGGCCAGGUUGAUAGAGGACAAUGAGUACACAGCGAGGCAAGGAGCCAAAUUCCCAAUUAAAUGGACGGCCCCAGAGGCUGCGCUGUAUGGCCGCUUCACCAUCAAAUCAGACGUCUGGUCCUUUGGGAUCUUACUCACCGAGCUGGUCACCAAAGGCAGAGUGCCCUACCCAGGCAUGGUGAACCGCGAGGUACUGGAGCAGGUGGAGCGAGGCUACCGCAUGCCCUGCCCCCAGGGGUGCCCCGAGUCCCUGCACGAGAUGAUGAAGCUCUGCUGGAAGAAGGACCCUGACGAGAGACCCACUUUUGAGUACCUCCAGUCCUUCCUGGAGGACUAUUUCACUGCCACAGAGCCACAGUACCAACCUGGAGAGAACCUAUAGCCUGCCUGGCCUCUGCUGCGUAUCCCUAGCACACUACGUAGCUUGACAUUGUCAUAAGCUCUUAUUUGACCUCGUAAAAAGUUGACUGGAGGCUAACCAGUUGCUUAAACCACUACCUGCUCUACCUGUUUUUGUUUUUUUUUGCUUUCAGUGUCCGCAAUCAUUUCAUUUUAUUUUAAUAUUUUUUUAGUUUUCAUUCAUGGUACUACACAAAUCUUAGCUGUGUCAAAUGUUUGAUUCUUUUAAUGUGUAUUGUGUCACCAUGUACAGUAAUGACUCUGGUAGAAAGACACAAAUGCAUUUAUAACCCAUAGUUAAAUACACUACACGUUGAAUUCGUGCUCAUGGACAUUGCUGUAAAAAUAAGCUGUGAUAAUGCCUUCCACUAGAAAAACCUAUUGUUGAGAAUGGCAGUCCAACUGUUGGGCUUUAAUGUGGCUUAAUAGGGAUCUCUCACUCUCUGUUUGUCUCCAAAUUAUAUUCUGUUGUGAUAUAUUGGUAAAUUAUAAAUCAAAACAAUGAAUAAUUAACAGAGAUAAUAUAUUAAACUAAUUGGGAAAAGCUCUCAGGGGACUGAUGAUCAUCACCACCGUCCAUUUCACAGUGAUUAUUUAAAAGCAAAUUACACACAGCUUAACUUUAGAUAUAUGUCAUCAGCUCCAGUGCAAUUUCUUAAACUUGAUACAAAUGGGUGACUAGAGUGAGAAUGGGACAUUUUCUUUUAUGCCUUUGGUAAUAUUUAACAAUGCAUUAUGUGUGUCCUUUUAUAUUAUUUUCUUCUAUGUUCCCAUGUCAUCACAAGACUAUAUCAUAUUUUUUUCAUAUCACAUGGACACGGUUUUUAUAGCUUCAUUUGAAGACUUGACGACCCAACUGUCGUCAAGUCACCCAUGAUCAUCCAGAAGUCUCUGCUAGGACUUUUUAUAACAAUGCCAUAACUUUUUCUGUCCCUUUAUGCUGGGGUUGAAUAAUCUCACUGCAAUCACUACAGAGACAUGCUUACAUAAAAAUUUUUUGUUCAGGGUGUCAGUGAGUUAAAUAGUAAUGGAACUCGUGGACUUGUGGCUUAUUGCCAAGCCAGAAGAUACUCUUUCUAAAAGUGGAAAUUAUGAACAAAGCCACCUAAUAAUUUGUAAAAACAACAUGUUAUCUUCUACAAUGUGAUUAACUGAAGCACUUGGGACUCUACAGAACCUAUUUGUAUAGCAAUGAUGAGUUUUUUACAAUGAUUUUAUCUUUGCAUUUUUGCUCCUGUAUAGGCUCAUUGGGACAGUAUUAUGAGGGGAACACUAAUUGGCGAGUAGGCUUGCAAUAAAGGGCUUUGUAUAUGAUAAAAUCUUCAUUUUAUAAGAUUGUUGAUAAAUUGGACAAGAUUGAAAAA